AUGCGAGGAAUCAUUAUCGAUCAGCAUCGCGUCACAGUGUGCGCGCUCGCACUUUCCUCUUUAUUUGAUGACCAAUCGAUUGCACCUCCUUCGGGUCAACUCGCUUUUAUUUUCUCUUUUUGUCCACCACAAGGUUUCUCAAAACCUUUUAGAAUCCCAACAUCGCUUUUUUUCUUUCAAAGUUUUCACUCAAAGAAACUUUUUUUUUUCGUUUGUUAACUUGAUUGAUACUUUUUUAGAACUUUGACAAACAUUUCAAUUUUUCAGACCACCGAUCAGAUCGCUUUUCCAGCGAUCAAGAUGGAUUUGGAAAACAGUCUCAACAACAUAACCUUAGAUGAUAAUCCAUGGCGUCAACAAGAUCCACCUCAACAGAUGGGCCAUGAUCAGCAACAGGUAAACCAAAAUAUUUCAUUACUUUUUAUUGAAUAACUGCAGAUGCAAAUUGAAUUCGAAUUUACCUGUAAUAAUUUCUUCAUUUCAGUUCCAAGUUUGGGGCGGCGGAAUGCAGCCUAACUCCGUCAGUCAGCAGCCCUGGGGACAUCUGUCUCCUCAACAGCAAAUGAGAAACCUUUGGCAGCCGAGUAACAUGGGUGAGGAAUUCUGACGUCUCGGCUUUUCAUUGUACGACAAGUUACAGGCCAAGGACUAAAUGACGCCAUGGGAAUGUCGAAUCCAGCUUCCAGUCAAGGAUGGGGAGGACCAAUGCCAGACCACGAAUAUGAUCAACAAAAGAUUUGGGCUGAUCCUCUUGAGUCGCACUACAAUCAAGUCCAUCCACACUCAAGUAAUUUUUCUAUCGCUAAGAAUGUUGAAUAACAAAUGAUCUUUGAACUUUUUCUUCUAAAAGUUCAUUGUUUUCGCAAAAAUGUAACAGAAAAAAGUUUUUCCAUUUUUCAAUUGAACUAUCACAGGAAACAUGAACGGCAUGAUCGGAGAUCCUUCGGCUGCAGAAUGGUCCAACGGCGGUCAAGGAGCUCAGCAAAUUUGGGGAAACAGCAUGAACAAAGAACCUGGCCACUACUGGAAACAACAGGUAAUCGUGAAAACAUCAAUACAAGUAAGAAAUCUCUUACUGAACUUAGUUUUUCAGUUAGAAUAUGAUUGAAAAAGAUAAAAUCUACUUGGAAGUUUUUUUGAUUCCAGUAUUAAACUUUUGUACUUUUUCCGUUAUGAGACAAAUAUAAUUAUGUCAACAAAGGUUUUUCAAAAAAAGAAGCCUCGUCCUAAACUUUUUCUCGAAGAGAUCAAUGGGCAUUAACCUUUCCAUAUAAUAUUAAUUGAUUUUCAGCAGCAAACCUGGGGUGGUCCUCCUGCAGCUCCGAUGAGCGGAGGCUGGCCUCCUCGUCAGAUGGGUCAUCCAAACGGACCUCCACCACAACACGGCGGUGGACCCCGCGGAGGACCUAUGAUGCAACAUCAAGGUCUGUUUCACACCUGCCAUACCUGGAACAACGCGUAAGCGGGAUCAGUGAAAAGAUGAGCUGGAAAGAAUAAACCGAACAAAAUGUUCCUCUAAAAGUUUUUCAUCGAAAAUUCUUAAUAAAGAUCUUGAAACAACUAUUUUAAAGCUCUAAAAAAACUCAUAGCAGCUUGAUAAGUUUGCGCCGCUUAGAAAUAGUCGUAUGGCUUUGUUUAACCGAAUUUGUGAUUUUUUUUUACAAACUUUAAAAUUGAGUGUUGUUCUCAUCUCCACUCAACUGAUUGGAAAAAAAAAAACUAUCUCCAAAUUCAGCUAUUACCAUAUUAACAUAAAUGACAUAAUAAUUAAAAAAGCAAUAAGAAACGAGUUCAUAACUUGUAUUAAAAGAUUAUUGGAAGCAAACGCUUUUAAGCACAUUCAGAAAACGACUCUAGGAAAUGUACAGUUACAUUGGUAAUAUUAAAAAUGUUCUUCUCACAAUAUCAAAAAAGUUGUGGUAGUUUUCGAAUAAAAACAAUCCUAUAAAUAAUUAUUAUGUAAUGUCAAAAAUCUUUUCUUGCUUUCAUCUCAUUUUCUUUCAAACUUACAGGCGGCUGGCAACAGAAUGGAAUGAUGCGGCAAAACAAACCGAUGUCUUGGGGCGAACAACCACGUAUGCAGGGAAUGUCUCAGCGCGGCGGCCGUCCUCAAGUUGGCGGCGGCGGUGGAGGAAGAUAUCCAAACCCCAAUAUGGGAAGCGUCGACGUCAGUGUUCCUCCUCCUGUUGAUAUGCCGGUGAGCAGCUAGUGGUUUUCGAGCGAUAAAAACAUUCUCUCAGAAAUCAUUAGACUAGUUGCCCGUAUCUUUUUCAUUACGAGUAAUGGUCUCUUCACUCGGAAACAUCAGAUUUCUUGAACAUUGUUCAGGACGCUUAUCGAUUUACGCGAGUUAUUUUGAAAUCGUCCAAUCCAAAGCGCUGCUUUUAGGACAUUUUUCAGCCAAUUUUCAAUGAAUUCUGAGAUUCCGAGUAGAAUGGCCUGCUUCGUGAAUAUCUUAUAACCAAUUCUAAUUUUUUUAGUUUCAGCACAUAGGUCAGCAGAUGCGAAUGCGACCCGGACCGCCACCUGGUGGAAUGGGUGGAAACAAUCCGUGGGAAGAUCGGCGACUUCCUCCAGCCCCUCAUGCAGCUUUUCCGAUCAUGGGACCUGAUGAGGUUUGUGGUAUACUGUAGUCAAAAAGUCUUUUUCUAAGUUGGUUCUGCUUUGAUAAUCGAACUAUUGUAUUUCACAAAAAAAUUUUUCGUAUUCACUUGAAAUUUUGAGCCCAGAAUAGCAGAACUUUCUAUUUUUCAAUAACAGUAUUUUUUUGAAAUUCCAGUUUUUUUGCAAGUGUUGGGAUAAAAUACUCUCAAUACGGCGUUACUAUGAAAACUAUCAAGUUUUUUUGUUUUUAUAAAAAAAUAAAGAGCAGAAAUUCACUCGAUUGAAUUCAAAGUUUUCGGUUUAUAUAAUUAUGAUCACUUUUUCAGCCGUACGCGAACAAUGGAAUGAAAGAUUCUUCGCAGCACGUUGGCUCUUACCAAAACCAAGGACAUGACGACAUGGUGAGUGCUUGAAAAUUCACUCUGAGAUUAGAAGUACAACUGAGUGGCCAUCUGGCCAGUAGCUGGUAGAGAGGUACAGGCAUUUCAGCGACCUGUUAAGAAUCUCUGGGACAUGAAAGAACCUCCACCGCACGUCGCCUCGUUCCCAAUCUCUGGACCAGACGAUCUGAUGUGGCACGACCCGAACGUCGACCUGAAGAAGUGGCAGCGGGACACGGGCGUUUCCAACUGGGGCGACCCGGAUAAGAACAGUUAGUUCUCGUGAUUAUAUAAUAAAUUUGAGAUAUUAGAUCCCUCUUUUUUUAGAUCCAAUAAAAUGUCAUUGCGAGUUCAAAAAAAAUCAAGCAAACUUUCAACUAAACUGUUCACGUACUUCGAAUGACAUUUACCAGACACGAACGUUGAAUACUCUGAUUGAAAAAAAUGGGUUUUUUUGAAUAUUAGUUUUUAGAUUCAUUAAAAAAAUUUUUGAUGGAUUUAAAAAAAGAAGUUCGAAUACUGGCUUGAAACCUCUGGCAAAGAAAAGUUGAUUUCAUCAUCAUAGAAGAAAUUUGUUCUACCACAAAAAAAACCUCAGUAGUUCUCCAAAAUGAACUGAUUUUCUUACAGACGAGCGUCCGAUCCGCAUGUGGCUGGUUCCUGACGGAGAAGAAGAGGAUCUUGAAACCGCGUUGAUGAAGUGUCCGGUACCGCAGAAAAAGGUUCACAAGAAGGUAGCAUGAAAGUCGGCGGCGACCUGAGUGCUUUGAAUGACUAGUUUUGUAACGUCUUUCAUUUCAGUCAGAAGACGGAACGUCUCGUCUCCCUUUCCCCACUCCUGCAAACCGUCCAAUCGUUGUCACUGGCUGGGGCGAGCUUCCAGAGAAUGAUCCCAAUAAUCCGACUAAGAGCGGUAAAAUAUUAAAGUUCGAAUGGAAAGUCAAAAAUAAAUAAUCCUUCAGAAGACGUGAACAAGUGGUCGGACGUGACGACAAGCUCAAACGAUACUCCUUGGUACUUACCUGGCCAGCAGUCGUCUAACCAGUUCGCAAGCAACGAGAACACUGGCAAUUGGGUGCAAGGCGGCACGAUCCCUCUGACAGAUCCUGGCAGCGGCAACAACACUCAGGCCAUCGCGGAGAUGCUCAAAUACGCCGUCGAAAAAGGAUUCCUCGACAUGAACAUCAUGGGGCAGCCCAGCUUGCCGCCGACUGUCCUCAACCACAUGAACCUCAUGCUCAGCAAGAUUCCUGCUCUGGAAAGCGUCGAAGCGGAGCUCAAGCAGCUGGUAAGUCCUUAGAAGAAAUCUCGGACUACUUGAAGUUGAGAUCAUUAACUUAGGGAGAAGUUUUUUUAAAUUUUAAAAUUCAGCAAAUAUUAGUGAAAAAUUCAAAAAAACUGUUUUCUGUUCAAAAUUUGAAACAUUUAGAAGAUGAGAAAAAUUAAUUUCUCUUUAGAUACUUAUUCAACUUGCUCAAAUAUGUAUUCUGCAGGUUGAAAGCGUCAGACCUGAAAGCGAGCCGGCCACCAACAGCCCACAGAGAUGGAUGAACGAUGUUCAGAAAGUAUGCUUUUUUUUAAAGUUCUAAUAUUAUUUUGUUGGUUUUAGGUCGAGUACAAUCGCUUGAUCAUCGAAGUGACGACGGCUAAGAUUGAAGUGACGGAACUCUCGAAGAAGAUCCAACGCGCUCUCAACGAAGCCGGUAUCGUCACCGUCAGUCACAACGACAAUCAGAACAACGUCGCGACUUCUUCUCAGGACUACCAUUAUUCUUUCCUUGAAUAA